UAUUAAAAAAAUUGAAUAUCCGAAUGUAAAUAGAUGGACAUAUAAACCGUACAUAAUAUUCAAUUUUAUAUCAUACUGAAUUUAUUACAUAAUUUAUAAAUGUAAUAAAAAUAUUGUUGGAGUUGAGGUAAUGAGUACUGACAUUUAAUAGAACAUCAUAGUUCAAACAAUAUUUUUGGUACCUUGAGUUUGACACAUUUAUAUGUUCCAAGAAAACUAAAAUACAUUUACGUUUUGUAUAAUCAAAAUAAGUAUCGUUGAUUUCUGAAACCUAUACUGACUGGACACUUCUUUUACUCAUUAAAAGCUAUAUUUCUUAAACUUUUUAUUAUCGUUACAAUUGAACAUUCUGUUUUGUUUAUAAAAAAGACGACCAAUGAGAAGCCUGUGACACGAGUAUACAGUUAUUAGAUUUUGUAUUUUAUUUGACCUCUCUGGUAUUCUGUUCCUAAGCAUGUAAGAACUUCACAUUAUGACCCAAGAUAUUUGAAGAAGAAAAGCUGUACACAAGAGAAUCAUACCAGUUUGCUUAAUAUAAGUACAUAGAUAAAAAUUAAUCGCAAUAAUAGUUUCGAAGAGAUUGAAAUGGAUCAGGUGAACAGAUGUUUUGAAGAACUAAAGAUAGAGUGUCAUGAAGCAAAGGGUGAACAUCUUGUUGGAAAAAUUAUUAGUAUUAUUGGAAUGCUCAAUACAGUGAUUGUAAAACCACAUUCACCAAACAUUCUUUUAGAUUUUGGGACACCUUUGUUCAUAGUCAAUACAGAUUUUAAUAAUGUAAAAGUAAAAUAUAAAUUGCUAGGUCAUAUAGAUGAUAUUUUUGGACCUAUUGGAGAACCUAUGUAUUCUGUAACUCUGAGAUACAAUCUGAAAAGUGUAUUGAAUCUCAAUACGUAUUAUUUUCCUGAUAAUCCGAAUACAGGACAUAUAUGUGUAGAACACAUAAUAAAUAACGUUUCUAAGAAUCAAAAGUACAUUACAAGAAAAAUCUAAGUUCUAUCGUAAAUGUAUACAUAAUGGAAAUAAAGAGAUUUAGAAAUGAC